AGCAAACGUCGGUUUAUUGCGAAAUCGAUGUCAAACUAAAUAACCUAAGAUAGCGGCAUAUUUCUAUUUUACAAAUACGACUAACAAGCGAUAAUUAUUAAACAUCCUAUGAUUUCUCAUAACUUAUAUAACAUCAUAUUAAAUCUCGAAUAAUCCCGAGGCUAAAAACAUGUUGGUUAACAACGUAAAGAGUCUCUUGAAUAGGCAACUGAGAUGUUGUAUUCAAACAACAAGUGUUCGAUUAUUGUGUACUGCAGAAGGUGGCUACACUUCUCAAGUCAAAGAUACUUUUAGAGGAAAUUACGAUGUCAUCAUUGCUGGUGGAGGAAUGGUGGGAUGCACUCUUGCCUGUGCCAUGGCAAAGAACUCAUUGCUAUCCAAUUUGAAAGUAUUACUGUUAGAAGCCAGUCCAAAAUCUGAUUACCAGCUGAAAUCAGAAUACAGUAACAGGGUUGUAGCUCUCAAUCAGAACACAAAGGCGUUAAUGACCUCACUCAAUAUAUGGAAGCAUGUUGAAGAUAUGAGGUUACAACCUGUCCGGUAUAUGCAGGUCUGGGAUGCAAGUUCAGAUGUGAUGAUAUCAUUUAGCAGCGCAGACAUGAUGGAUGAUGAUGUAGCAUACAUAGUAGAAAAUGAUCUCAUGCUUCAUGCAAUCAAUAAAGAAUUACUGUCGACUGACAAUGAAAAUACACAUAUUGUCUAUAAUGCUAAGAUUGACAGCUACCAGUUACCUAAAGAGAAGUAUUCGAGUCCACAAAGUAUUGUCAAGAUGGCUAAUGGAGACACAUAUACAUGCCAGCUGUUGAUCGGUGCCGAUGGAGCCAAUUCAGCCGUCCGUAAAGCAAUGGGAGUACAGUAUUUAACAUGGAGUUACGAACAAAUGGGUGUUGUGGCCACACUAAACUUAGCAGAAGAAUGCACAAACACCACAGCCUGGCAGCGCUGGUUGCCCACUGGACCUAUUGCUCUUCUACCGCUGGACUCUAAGCGAAGCUCUCUAGUGUGGAGUACGUGGCAAGACAACGCCAAGCAACUGCUGCAGCUGCCCGAAGAUCAGUUUGUCGACGCUCUGAAUGAUGCACUGUGGAAGCAGUACCCGCGCAGCAGCAGCGUGGAGACGUGCACGUCGUGGCUGAGCUCGUGCCUGAAGCAGGUGGGCAUGGCGGACGGCGCGGCGCGCCAGCUGCCGCCCUCCGUGAGCGGCGUGGCGGCGGGCUCGCGCGCCGCCUUCCCGCUCGCCUUCGGGCACAGCACGCGGUACAUCGCGCCCGGAGUCGCGCUCAUCGGAGACGCAGCUCACCGCGUCCACCCGCUGGCGGGCCAGGGCGUCAAUCUGGGCUUCGGUGACGUCAAGGAUCUGACGGAGCUGCUGGCUGAGGCCGUCUAUAGUGGCUUAGAUAUUACACACCCUAAUUGGAUGGAAAAAUACGAAAGUGUACGUCAAAGACACAACGUUCCUACACAAUUCAUGAUUGAGAUGUUACACCGAUUGUACACAGUGGACUUCAUGCCAGUAGUCUUAGCGAGGAGUCUUGGCUUGCAAAUCGCUAAUGCCUUGCAACCGAUCAAGAAACUGAUCAUGUCUCAAGCAGCAACGUAAGCGCGUCUCAAAGAAUUCAAUGAAAUGGCCGGUUGUAAGAUUUAAGGUUUUUUGGUAGACUUACCUGCAACUAAGUCAAAGCAAAGUAAAUUAUUGUUACGUUUAGUUAAUAAAAAGUAAUUUAUAUUG